AUGGAUUCAUCCUGUGAUGGACAUUUCGAUCUCUUGAUAGAUAAGGAAUCGGUGAGUUACAAUGAAGCGUUCCACGAGGUGUCUCUCCAAGAGAUUGGUGGUUGGGAUGAUGAGGACCAGAGAGUAGUCAAAAAGACGAGACCAAAUAAACGGAUGAUUCCGUUGGCAGCGGUGAGAAUGGGUACUUACUUUCCUCACAAGGACAGUGGACGCAAGUUGGAGGUUCUUGUGGAGUACCAUGAUAUGGCGGAGAGCGGUGAGAGAGAUUUUGUUAUGGUUUUCACUAGCGACGGAGUCAGGUUGUUCCGAUUUAUGCUGGCAGAGACCACACCAGGCAGUUUCAAGGAACUUUUGAAGAUCAUUCAUUGCAAGUUUUUUGAGCGACAGGUGAACAAAAAGGAAACGGCCUUUGGUGUGCGAGGAGUAAAGCAGAGUAAAGCCAGGAGAAGAUCUGGAGGUGUGGCGGCGUUGAGACAAGCGAGUAGACGAUUCAAAGACAUCGUUUUCUUUGGCGGGUAUUUGCACAUCAAGGAAGAUGCGGCGGUUAGCUGGUGUCUCGAUUUCCAAUUGUUUCUGAAUUAUACUCCGCAGACCAUAAACAAGUUCUGUCCAGACACGAGCAGGGCGCUAGACGUACUGUUUUCAAAGGGUUCUUCAGAUGUGCAUGCAAUUCCUGUAUCAUCCUUCAUACAGAAGGACUUUGUUGAUCAAAUCGUUCAACAUACCAAGAGCCGUCUGGGGCGGAUCCCCGAUCUCGAUUCGUAUAGUGUCGAGGGACUGAAUGUCAAACUAUUGCCUUUUCAGUCCAAGAGUAUCCAAUGGAUGUUGUCGAAAGAGCGGGCUACUUUGAACAGCGACAAGGACGAUAUGCUAGAGUUUUUGAACCGUUAUGUUUCGUUUGGUUACGAAAAGAUCUCCUCGACCAUUUUUUGGAACAAGUUUACCAAUUUUAUUAUUCACAGGGACGAUGUGGAGCAGAUUCGAGGUACCUUGGUGAGAAAUUCGGAAAAUGGUGUUCUGGGAGCUCAGGGUUUACUAUCGGAAGAAAUGGGUCUGGGUAAAACUAUCGAAAUUCUGUCACUCAUACUCCUAAACAAGCGCCGAUUAGAUCCACUUCAACCGAACAGUUAUAUAGCAGAUGACGGUAAGACCAUUUACAAGGCAAAGUCUUCGCUGAUUAUAUGCCCCAACGCGAUUCUGCAGCAAUGGAUCGAUGAAGUGGAAUGUCAUACGUCAAACUUCUUGAAGGUUUUCCAUUACAAAGGUUAUUUACAUGUCAAGAAGUUUUUUGGAACGGAAAAUAUCACCGAGAUAGUGCGUUUCUUGUCAACUUUCGAUAUUAUUAUCACUUCAUAUAACGUGGUAUCCACUGAGGUUCAUUAUGCUGAAUACAAUGCAAGCUCCAGGCCAAGGCGUACGAUCUCUCCUAUCAAGUAUGACUACUCUUCUCCGUUGUCCUUGAUGCAGUUUUUCAGGAUUAUACUGGACGAAGUUCAAAUGCUGCAAAGCGACAGCACUAAUGCCGCUAAGUGCACCAGCCUCUUACAUCGAAUUCACACUUGGGGUGUAUCCGGGACACCUAUACAGUUCAUCCGCGAUUAUCAGACCGUUCUUUCAUAUUUGAAGAUCUCGCCGUUCCACGAAUUACCCCACAUCAUCGCCACUCUUAAUAGCAACGUUGUACAGAAAAGACAUCAGUCGGUUGGCGGCGUGCAAUUUUCAGUGCAGGAGCUAAUGAAGUUUUUCAUCAUGAGAGACCUGUGCAUUAGACAUUCGAAGAAAGAUGUCCUGUCGCAGAUCAAAAUACCCAAGCAACAUAAUUAUAUUGUCCCACUAGAUUUUGCUCCUGUGGAGUGGGACAAUUACCUCGAUCUUUGGAACCAAUUUAUCUCUCUAUCGGGCUAUGAUCAGAAUGGUGUCGGAACCCCAAGGCUCUCCACAACGCAAUUGAAUCAAUGGUUGAUCCGGCUAAGAUACUUAUGUUGCCAUGCGGUUUUCCCGGAUUCCAGCAAUUUCAAUAAAGCAAAUCAAACAAAUUCCAAUCCAAAUUCUUUUGUACUCCAGAAUAUCGAUGAUGUGUUACGCCUAAUGACGGCUGACGCUAUCGAUAAGUUGGACUCCUUGUACAGAGACAAUUACCAGAUACUCAUUAAGUCGGCACAAGCAAAGAUGGAACUGCAGAACAAUCCUUCCAAUGCUAUACAUCUCUUGCAUUCGGUUAAGGACAAAAUUCUUGAUGAUUUGAAGAAAAAAUACGACGUUUCUGAUCCAUUCGAUGUUUCGACUUGCUUACAAAAUAAAGAUGGUCUGAGAACUCCGACUCCCAUGGUCGGCACAGCAGAUGGCUUCGAGCGCGAGAAUACUUCAAAAGUUAGGAUACGCGCAUACUUGGAUCUCUUACAUCAAUGUUACUUCUUCAUUGCAACGGGACAUUUUCUUAUGGGUUCUAGUAAAUUGGAGAAAGUCGAUGACGAGAAUAAGAAACUUGCCUUGAUUGAUCCCGAUUCCAAAAAAAAGGCAUAUACGGAUUUUUACUCCGCUGCAGAGAUGGAAGAGAUUGAACAGAACCAGCUCAUGGAGCAAAAGUUUUAUUCAUAUGCGGAAAAAAUGAGAGAGCAGAUUCUUUCCAGUCGGGUUGAUAAAGUCAGCAUGGCAAUCAGAGAUGUUUGCUCCUAUUUUAAUGAUCAAAAGACACAUCUUUCUUCGUUACUUCUUAUCGAGUUCAACGAUGAAAAUGACUAUUCCAGCAACCUUAUAGUUUCUCGAUGUUUCAAGCAACUCAAGACCCUCAUCAAUUUGCUGAAUGAGCAGGCCACUCAGUUUAACAGUUUGUUGGUCGAAUUAAGAGAUCUCUUGUACAAGCCAAUUUUAAAAGAGUACACUGACGAGAACGAGGAUGAAAAGGCCGAGGAAUACUCGUCGUCAAUAGAAGACCAAGAUCGAAUGUUUGCACUGUUCGCCUGUCUUGAACAUCUUUUAAAUAAUAGAGAUGCAAUCUCUCAAUCUGAGGAGAAGGAAAAGGACAUGAAAAAAUUCCUCAAGACUCAGGCGGGACAAAAAUUCUCAGAAUAUCAUCGCAAGCUUUUAUCCAAAUUGAAGUUGAUCACGGGCACCCCUUUGAAACCGAUCUUUGAUGAAUUGAGAAACUCGAAAAUAGUUCGAACUUUAUCGACCAACUCAGAUAAAGCAGAUAAACAGGAAAAUUUCGAAGAUUAUUUGCUACAGUUUGAGAAAGAGUCUUCAAGGAUAUUUGAAGAGAACAAAAAAAUCAGGGAAUCACUGAGGAAGUUGAACACAAUUUACAAUGCCAAGCUGGAAUACUACAGUCAUCUACAAAGAAUAUCCGAUUCCUUAGUUUCCCUUUUACAAUUAGAGAAUUCUUCUAGGAACAAUAUUUUGAAAGCAGCUAGAGAUGAUUCGUUAACCAGAAUCUCUGAGAAGAUUAGUACCGCAGAAUCAAGGGUCAAGUACCUGAACAACCUGGAAAAGCUGAAAACUUCGAUAGCGAACCACCAAACCUUCUCAUGUGCAAUAUGCUUAGGGAAAAUAACAGUUGGAGCGAUGAUUAAAUGUGGUCAUUUUUUCUGCAGGAAAUGCAUUCAUAGUUGGCUGAAACAUCACAGUUCAUGCCCAAUGUGUAAAACAAAGGCCAGUCUUAUGGAGGUAUACAAUUUCAAAUUUUCAAAUGAGGAUGCAGAAGAGGAGAACGAUGCCGAUAAUUCGACGAAAGAAACUGAUAGAAAAAAGGGAUUGGGAGCUGUUGCUGAAAAUUCUCCCACGACGUACGACUCAGUGUUCAAGGAGAGAUACGCUUUGUUUCCCGACCUCAACGAGGUGCAUAAAAUGAAAAUAAAGGAAAGUUUUGGUGCCAAGAUCGAUUAUGUGAUCAAACUGGUUCUUUUCCUGAAACUAAAAGCAGAGACUGAGAAUGAUGAUGAACCUUUGCAAUUUGUUAUGUAUUCUCAAAGUCCCGACUUUCUGAGGGUAAUAUCAAAAGUGCUCCACAUGCACGAAAUCCGAAGCUUAUCAUGCUUGGCAAACUCAUCGAAUGUGGGUGAAUCUAUCCUCAGGUUCAAGAAACACAGGAGUAUUACUUGUUUAUUGCUAAAUGUGAAGGCAUUAGGAGCGGGAUUAACACUUCUGAAUGCGCGGCAUAUCUUCCUGUUGGAUGCAAUCAUAAACCGCGGUGACGAGCUACAAGCAAUGGGAAGAAAUAAUCGAAUUGGACAAACUCGUGAAACCUUCGUUUGGAAUUUUAUGAUGAGAAACUCCGUCGAAGAGAACAUCUUCAAAUAUAAAUGUAUUUUGGAGGGACGUCGCAAGAUGAAAGAAGAGUCACAAAGCCAAGCAGAACAUAAUAUUGAAGAACUAACGGGAGAAGAAGAACGAGAAGAGUUCGAGAUGAAUGAGAGUACGGGGGAGCAAGUUUCUGAGCGACACCUCUGGAACUGCUUUUUCCAGAAUACCCAAGACUAG